AUGGAUGGCUAUCUCUUCCUGCGGUUCCUAAGGGUGCUCUGCGCUACCUGCUUUACAGGAUGCCUGAUCACAUGGCCCAUCCUGCUUCCUAUACAUGCGACCGGUGGUGCAGGGAACACCCAGCUUGAUGCGCUGAGUUUUAGCAACGUCAAGAACGGGAGUCGCUAUUAUGCCCAUGCUGUCGUAGCAUCCUUUGUGUUUUAUGUGGUGACACGAGAGAGCAUUUUCUAUGCCAAUUUGCGCCAGGCAUAUCUCAACUCGCCUGCGUACGUUAAUCGUAUAUCGUCCAGAACUGUACUCUUCAUGUCGGUCCCAGAUGAGUAUAAGAACGAGAAGAAGCUGCGUCAGGUCUUUGGAGAUUCUAUCCGCCGUAUUUGGAUCACAUCUGACUGCAAGGAGCUGGAGAAAAAGGUCCAGAAAAGGGAGGAGCUGUCCUACAAAUUGGAGAGUGCCGAAACAAGAUUUAUACGACGUGCAAACUCCGCACGUCUGAAGAUAACUAAAAAGAGCACUGAUUCGCCUGACGCCUGCUAUACCUGCGAAGAGAACGCAAAUUAUCAAUGUGUUCGGCGGCCAACCCACCGCCCCAAAUGGUUCGGGAAAAAAGUCGACACAAUCCGCUGGUUGCGAGAACAGCUCAUCGAUGUGUCACAGGAAGUGAAGCGUCUGCAACAGAAGCAUAAAGAUGGCGAGAUGAAGCUUCUAUCUGCAGUUUUCAUCGAGUUCAACACGCAAUCCGACGCUCAAAUUGCACUUCAGACGCUGUCCCACCAUCAGCCACUUCAUAUGACUCCCCGGUCCACCGGAAUCUCUCCUAAGGAAGUGGUCUGGUCUUCGCUGAAUCUCAGCUGGUGGCAGCGCAUCGUACGCAAAUUCCUGAUCAAAGGCGGCAUUGCGGCUCUUGUUAUUUUUUGGUCAAUCCCGUCCGCUCUUGUCGGUAUCAUAUCUAAUAUCACCUAUCUUACCAAAAUGCUUCCUUUCCUGAGUUUUAUCGACAAACUCCCUGUCACGAUCAGGGGCGUAAUUUCAGGGCUGCUGCCAUCAGCCGCCCUGGUCCUUCUGAUGUCAUUGGUCCCUAUUAUUUGUCGAUUCUGUGCUCGAUGUGCCGGAGUUCCCUCUGCUUCACACGUGGAGCUUUUCACCCAAUCUGCUCACUUCUGCUUUCAAGUGGUCCAGGUGUUCCUGGUAACGACUUUGACUUCGGCUGCGUCAGCAGCGACAGCUCAGAUAAUCAAGGAUCCAUUGUCAGCUAAGGACCUCUUGGCUGAGAACUUGCCGAAAGCGACAAAUUUCUAUAUCUCGUACUUUCUUCUGCAAGGUUUAACCUUGAGCUCUAUGGCAGUGGUGCAAGUUAUGGGAGCCUUAAUUUUCAAAUUCAUGACCACCUUUUUCGACCGCUCACCACGACAUCUCUACCAACGUUGGUCUGCCCUCAGUGGUAUAAGCUGGGGUAAUGUGUUCCCUGUCUUCACCAACAUGGGUGUAAUAGCCUUAACAUACUCCUGCAUCGCGCCUCUGAUCCUAGGAUUUGCCUUUAUUGGUCUCUACCUAGUCUACCAAGCUUAUCGAUACAAUUUUCUCUUUGUCUACGACCUCAGAAUAGACACCAAAGGCCUUGUAUACCCACGAGCCCUCCAGCAUCUUCUCACGGGCCUCUACCUAGCCAACAUUUGCAUGAUCGGAUUAUUUGCAAUCCGCAGCGCUAUUGGACCACUUAUCAUAAUGGUUAUUUUCACAAUCCUCACCAUCCUAGCACAUAUGUCCCUCAACGAGGCAAUAGCGCCGCUUAACUCUUUUCUCCCGCGCACUCUCGACAUUGAAGAAGAAGCCCAGCAAGCAAAAGAAGAAGCCCAAGUCCUCAACCACCCCCGCACCACAGGCUGGGAAGCAGUCUGGAAAUGGUUCCAUCCCAAUCUCUAUCGCGACUACGCUGCGCUCCGACGCAAGGUACGACGCAACCAUGUUGAGAUCAAGUAUUCCGAGGAGCAGCAAUUCAAUGCCUACUACGAGCCAUGCAUCACGGCCAAGAUACCAAUACUGUGGAUCCCCCGUGACAAAUGGGGGGUUAGUCAAGAGGAGAUCCAAGAGACGGAUCCUAUUAUCCCCAUAACGGAUGACAGGGCACACCUGGAUGAGAAAAAUAAGAUCGUCUGGGAUAAAUAUGACCCGGAUCUUCCGUUGUGGGAACGUAAGAUUUUAUAUUAA